GUCCAAUUCUGCCGCAUCCUUUAUGCGCCCGUCCAAGUGUGCGGUCAGUCGGGUGAAAUACUACCGACACUUGGCACCCGAUCACUUGCUUCAAAUAUGUCAUCGACUCGGACCGCUUCUAGAGCAAGAAAUCCCCCAGAGCGUCCCUGGAGUGCAGACGUUAUUGGGAGCUGGCAGACAGUCGUUGCUUCGUACGAACAAAAGUUGCAAACACGUUGUGUGGAAGGGGUCUGCUCUUGCUGCGUUACAUUGCGGGAGGCCUCCGGAGUCACCUGUGAACUAUGGCAGUCCACCUAGUAUAGUGGAUACCCUAUUCUCAAGAAAACUGAAUGGAAAAUACAGACUUGAACGCCUUGUUCCAACUGCAGUCUACCAACAUAUGAAGAUGCAUAAACGAAUUUUAGGACACUUAUCUUCUGUAUACUGUGUAACUUUUGAUCGGACUGGAAGGCGAAUAUUUACUGGAUCAGAUGAUUGCCUUGUAAAAAUCUGGGCAACAGAUGAUGGCAGGUUGUUGGCUACCCUGAGAGGGCAUGCAGCUGAAAUAUCUGAUAUGGCGGUGAACUACGAGAACACCAUGAUAGCUGCUGGAAGCUGUGAUAAAAUGAUCCGAGUUUGGUGCCUUCGAACUUGUGCACCCUUAGCAGUUCUGCAGGGCCACAGUGCAUCUAUAACAUCAUUGCAGUUCUCUCCACUAUGCAGUGGCUCAAAGAGAUACUUAUCUUCAACCGGGGCAGAUGGAACAAUAUGCUUUUGGCUGUGGGAUGCUGGCACCCUUAAAAUAAAUCCGAGGCCAACAAAGUUUACGGAACGCCCUCGGCCCGGAGUCCAAAUGAUCUGCUCUUCUUUUAGCGCUGGUGGAAUGUUUUUGGCUACUGGGAGUACAGAUCACAUCAUUAGGGUUUAUUUCUUUGGAUCAGGUCAGCCAGAGAAGAUAUCAGAGUUGGAGUUUCAUACUGACAAAGUUGACAGCAUUCAGUUUUCUAAUAGUAGUAGCAGAUUUGUGAGUGGAAGCCGUGAUGGAACAGCACGAAUCUGGCAAUUUAAGCGAAGGGAAUGGAAAAGCAUUUUGUUAGAUAUGGCUACUCGCCCAUCAGGACAAACUCUACAAGGUGUAGAAGAUAAAAUUACAAAACUGAAAGUGACCAUGGUGGCGUGGGACCGCCAUGACAAUUCUGUUAUAACUGCUGUCAAUAACAUGACACUGAAAGUUUGGAAUUCUUUCACUGGCCAACUCAUUCAUAUUCUCAUGGGCCAUGAAGAUGAAGUGUUUGUACUUGAACCUCAUCCAUUUGAUCCAAGAGUUCUCUUCUCUGCUGGACAUGACGGGAAUGUCAUAGUUUGGGAUUUGGCCAGAGGGGUCAAAAUCCGGUCUUACUUCAACAUGAUUGAAGGACAAGGACAUGGUGCAGUUUUUGACUGCAAGUGCUCUCCUGAUGGGCAGCAUUUUGCAUGUACUGAUUCUCACGGUCACCUUCUGAUUUUUGGCUUUGGUUCCAGUAGCAAAUAUGACAAGAUAGCAGAUCAGAUGUUCUUUCAUAGUGAUUAUCGGCCCCUUAUCCGUGAUGCCAACAACUUUGUCCUGGAUGAACAAACACAGCAGGCUCCACACCUUAUGCCUCCCCCAUUUUUGGUUGAUGUGGAUGGCAACCCGCAUCCUGCAAGGUAUCAAAGGCUGGUUCCUGGUCGUGAAAACUGCAGGGAGGAACAGCUUAUUCCUCAGAUGGGAGUGACAUCUUCAGGAUUGAAUCAAGUCCUUAGCCAACAAGCAAACCAAGAAGUUAGCCCACUGGAUAGCAUGAUUCAAAGACUUCAGCAAGAGCAAGAUCAGAGGCGUUCUGGGGAGGCAGGAACUAGUACUACCAGCCGGAUAAACAGAGCAUCUGUAAGUUCUACCUCUGAAGUUCAUUCACCACCAAAUAUAGGGUUAAGACGUAGUGGGCAAAUUGAAGGUGUGCGUCAGAUGCAUAGUAAUGCACCCAGAAGUGAAAUAGCAACGGAGCGGGACCUUGUGGCUUGGAGCCGGAGGGUUGUGGUGCCUGAACUGUCUUCUGGUGUGGCCAGUAGGCAGGAAGAAUGGAGAACAGCGAAGGGAGAAGAAGAAGUAAGGGUCUAUCGAUCAGAAGAGAAAAGAAAGCACGUAAUGAGUCACAUUCAGAGAGAGAACAAAAUACCUACUUUCUCUAAGAACCAUUCUCAUGAUCAUUUACUAGACACCAGUGAAUCAAGAAAACAGCAAGCUAACCAGCACAACUACCGCACAAGAUACGCAGCAGAAGAACCUGCAAGGCCUGCUGAAGAGUUAGAAAAUGGACACUCUUCCUCAGAUGAAGGGGAAGUAGUUGUUGCCAGUGGUGGAACAUCAGAAGAUGAUGAAAGAGCAUGGCACAGUGAUGGCAGUUCUAGUGACUACUCUAGUGAUUACUCUGACUGGACAGCAGAUGCAGGAAUCAAUCUGCAGCCACCAAAGAAAAUCCCUAAACUUAAAACAAAAAAAGCAGAAAGCAGUUCAGAAGAUGAGGAAGGACCUGAAAAACAAAAGAAGCAAAUUAAAAAGGAAAGGAAGAAAGGGAGUGAAGAGAAAGAUGGACCAUCAACGUCACCAAAGAAGAGAAAACCCAAAGAGAGAAAACAGAAGAGGCUGGCUGUAGGAGUCCUGGCAGAAAAUGGUUUGACACUGGAAGAAUGGCUGCCUUCAGCAUGGAUUACAGAUACUGUUCCUCGUCGGUGCCCAUUUGUACCACAGAUGGGGGAUGAGGUCUACUAUUUCCGACAAGGUCAUGAAGCAUAUGUAGUAAUGGCUAAGAAGAACAAAAUAUAUAGUAUUAAUCCCAAAAAACAACCAUGGCAUAAAAUGGAAUUACGGGAGCAAGAAUUGAUGAAAAUAGUUGGGAUUAAGUAUGAAGUGGGAUUGCCUACUCUCUGCUGUCUUAAACUAGCUUUUCUUGACCCUGAUACGGGUAAACUAACUGGAGGAUCAUUCACCAUGAAGUACCAUGACAUGCCAGAUGUCAUAGACUUCCUAGUUUUGAGGCAGCAAUUUGAUGAUGCAAAACAUAGACGAUGGAAUAUAGGUGACCGCUUCAGAUCAGUGAUAGAUGAUGCCUGGUGGUUUGGAACAAUUGAAAGCCAGGAACCCCUUCAGCCCGAUUAUCCCGAUAGCUUAUUUCAGUGCUACAAUGUCUGCUGGGAUAAUGGAGAUACUGAGAAGAUGAGUCCUUGGGACAUGGAGCUGAUACCAACUAAUGCUGUAUUUCCAGAAGAACUGGGAACUAGUGUUCCUUUAACAGAUGAAGAGCGCAGAACACUGCUCUACAAACCUCUGGAUGGAGAGUGGGGCUCCAGGACACGAGACCAGGAGUGUGACAGAAUUAUUGCAGGCAUAAACCAACUCAUGACUCUAGAUAUCGCAUCUGCUUUUGUGGCCCCUGUGGAUCUUCAAGCUUACCCAAUGUAUUGCACUGUUGUGGCAUAUCCUACAGACCUGAGUACCAUUAAACAAAGACUGGAAAGCAGAUUUUACAGACGACUUUCUUCAUUAAUGUGGGAAGUCCGAUACAUAGAACAUAAUACUCGCACAUUUAAUGAACCUGGAAGUCCUAUUGUCAAGUCUGCCAAAUUUGUCACAGAUCUUCUGCUACACUUCAUAAAAGACCAGAGUUGCUAUGACAUAAUUCUAUUAUACAAUGCAAUGAAGAAGAAAGUGUUGUCUGACUCUGAUGAGGAAGAAGAGAAAGAUACAAAUGUGCCAGGAACUUCCACUAGAAAAAGAAAGGAUCAUCAGCCGAAGAGGCGGCUACGUAAUAGGGCCCAGUCAUAUGACAUUCAGUCAUGGAAGAAACAGUGCCAGGAGCUGCUGAAUCUCAUUUUUCAGUGUGAGGACUCUGAACCAUUUCGGCAGCCGGUGGAUCUCCUUGAAUAUCCAGAUUACAGAGAUAUUAUUGACACACCUAUGGAUUUUGCUACUGUUAGAGAAACACUGGAAGCUGGUAACUAUGAGUCACCAAUGGAGUUGUGUAAAGAUGUGAGACUAAUUUUCAGCAAUUCAAAGGCCUACACACCAAGUAAAAGAUCAAGGAUCUACAGCAUGAGUUUGCGCCUUUCUGCUUUUUUUGAAGAACAUAUAAGUUCUAUUUUAUCAGAUUAUAAGUCUGCCCUGCGCUUUCAUAAAAGAAAUACAAUAAAGAGACGAAGGAAAAAAAGAAGCAGAAGCAGCUCAGUUUCCAGCAGCGUUGCAUCGAGUCCUGAAAGGAAAAGGAGAUUAAUAAAACCUCAGCUGAAGGGAGAACCUUCUGCCUCCUCUUCAUCUUCUAUACCUGUGCGAUCAACAACACUGAGACAUGCUCCGCCUCAGAUGAAUGGAAAAGCAGCUGAAACCUCUUCUCUUGUAAGGACUAGAAGCAAUAGGGGGAUAACAGAUGUGGCUUCUACAGAGCAACCAUCUACAUCUUCGGGAGGAAAGCCUUUAACAAUAAAGCCUUUAAUUACAAAACCUAAUACUACUGCAGGGUCAGGAAAGUCAGUACUGGAGAAUUCAACCAAACAUUCCAAGAACCAGAAUAUUUUACCAGUCUCUAGCCAAUCUGAUAACAGUCAUAACACUAGGAAUAACUCUACAAAAGAAAAUCCUGAGAAAGAGAAGCCAAUCAAACGCAAAGUAAAAUCCUCUGCUGUUAAUCAACAAGCAGAUUGCAAGAAUAAUGCUUUGGCAUCAGGAAGCAUUCAGGUAAAUGGACACGGAGGGCAGCCUUCAAAGCCUCCAGUUAAAAGAGGCCCUGGACGGAAACCGAAGAUUGAGGCUAAUAACAGUACUUGUGAAGUGGUGCACAAGAAAAGAGGCAGAAAACCAAAAAAGCUACAAAUUGUUGAGCAGCAAAAGGUUGCAGAGCAGAAUACAGUCCAGACCACAAAGGAUGUACCAGAAGAAGCCUCUGCUUCUACUGCAUGCAAUUCGCUUUCUGAAAAUAAUAUGAAGGAAGACUUGGUACAAAAAAAAGGCCGUGGGGGUAGAAAGCCAAAAAGAAAGAUAAAGACACAUUCGUCAGGCUCGGACCUUUUAGUUCCUGCAAAUGUUAAAAUGCAAACAAGAAGCAGGAGGAAAAAGAUAGAUGAGCCUAUGGAAGAAGGGUCUGAGGAGCUUAAAGAUUCUGAACCUCACAUGAGAACUAGAAACCAGGGUAGGAGGACAGCCUUUUACAAUGAAGAUGACUCUGAGGAAGAGCAAAGGCAGCUAUUGUUUGAAGACACCUCCUUAACUUUUGGAACUUCUAGCAGAGGCAGAGUCCGAAAGUUGACUGAAAAAGCAAAAGCUAAUUUAAUUGGUUGGUAACUUUUACCAGGUGUUUUACUUCAGAAUGCUAUGAAGCAGGUACAGUUAAGGAACAGCAGAACAGACUUCUGCUUCCCUGCUGCUAUUAUGGGCUAGAAGAAUAUGUUCUGAUUUGGGAGAAAGAUCUAGCAAAAAAAACAAACUGAAAGAACGUUCUUUGAAAGAAAUAUAUAUUUUAAACUUUUGCUAUUUAUUGCCCUUCAAAUAGGUUAUGCAUUUCAACAGUCAUUUUGUUCAUAGUUGAGAAUAAUUAAAACAGUUUCCAGCUGACAUACAGAGUUGAGAACUAUUCCACUCGAGUGGUGUGUAGUACUCUACACAGUUAAAAAAGGUGACGGAACUUCUAAUGCCACAAACUGAAAACAGAAAUCUAUUUUUGACCAAGCAAAGUACACUCUGAUUGUAAAGUUAGGUUGCCUAGGAAGGCAGAUCUUCACAAAAAGUGGCAGUAAAUUCACUUGCAUUUCUAUUAAGUACGAAUACAAAAAUACCAAACUUUGCUAAUCUGAAAAUGCUUGAUUUCAGUAGUGUUGGAACAUUCAACUGCAAAAGAAGCCUACCACAGGCUGUUGGUUUAUCCAAGUUCUGCCAAACAUAGCAAAAAUGUAAUCACAAAUAUAUAUAUAUAUAUAUAUAUCCACAUUGGAAAAAGUUUGACUAAUGUCUAAUUUUUCAGACCUUGAUUCUUGUAUCAAUCACUAAAUCUCUGUUUAUUGUGCCAAAGACUGAGAAUCAGUGCAGUGGAAAGCCUUUUUUUUUCUUUUUGAGUGUCAGUACAGCAUACAACUUGCAGUGAAAAAGCUGUGUAUUGUUUUAAAUAGUAAGUUGUUAACAUUGUUCUGAACUGUAUCCUUUUUGGUACUUUUGGUAGAAAAUAAUGCACUGGUGGGGUCCUUUGACAGAGAUGUUUUAGACAAAAUGUACAAUUGGUUAAAGGAUUCAAGGAAAUUACAGGACAGGUAUGGAAUUACGAUGUUUACUUUCAGAUCCAGAUUGAUUGUUGUUUCUACAACUUGAGACGUGCUUAAGAGGCUAAAAUGACCUACAAAGAAGAGUGUAUGUGUAUAUAUUAAUAUAUACAUAAACACAUACGUAUAAAAUAUUUCCCAGGUAUAAAUUUUUUUCAGGAUUUUUUAGAUAGCACUAGAAUUGAAAAUAAAUUUUAAAAUGUCAUACUUUAUAGUUUAAUUUUAAGGGGAAGAUUGGUUAUUUUCAAUUAUUAAGGUUAAAAAGGCCAAAUCACUUUUUAUGCAAUCAUGUUUUAUACAGUGGUCUCAUUGCACAUUGCGUUUUUCUGCACUUUUUAUGGUAUAUCACGCUGACAUACGUCAAUAUUCACCCUAAAGAAAAAUUCCAUUUAAUGAUUGUGCCUUGUAUUCUAUUAUUUCUUGCAUCCUUAGUAAAAUUAAGUUGUCUAUUGUAAAUGAUAACUAUAUGACUUAGGGGAAUGUAUUGUUAUAUGUACUGCUAUGGAAAAGAAGAGCAGUUAUUUAUUUGUUUAUGGUACAUUUAGUUAUUUUAUACCUUUACAAACAAACUUUAAUACCAUUUUCUAUCACUUCAAAGCAAAUGUUGUCCAGUGUUAAGGAACAAAUACGGAAGUAGUCCUAUUUUCUGAAAUCUGGUAUGGUACAAAAAUGUAACCAAAUUUUUCUGACGAUGCAUUAUUUUGGACCUUUGGGUGGUGUGACAGAUUUCUGUGUGACCCUAACUUAGCUCAAGAAAUAAACCUGACGUGAAACCUCAAUUCCGUACACCCUUACUUUAUAAUGAUUCUUUUUAUUAGUAGUACUUUUCUUUAGCAAACAACAUUGACAGCAUCUGGAAGGGCAUACAGAAUUAAAACCUUUAAUUUUGCACGGAUUCUGUGUACGCAUUUGGGGCCUAAUUCCUCACUCUUUAUUUUCUGUUACAAGAAAGCAUCAAUAUUUGAGCAAAUACUGAUAUCUGGCACAAAGAGGAAUGGAAAUAUGCUGUUGUUGUAGGUGUCAAACUGGUAUCCAUCGUGCUUAGUUUAAUGUAAUUUCAUCAGUCAUUUUGUUACAAAAAAAAAAAAAGACUGUAAUAUUCUUCCAGAUCCUCUUUGAAUUGUUAUGAUUAUUAAUUUGGGGAACAGGGAUCAAUUUGCAUUUCAUUUGUUGUUCUAUAUCUAUUUUUUAAGAAACAUGUCUGUAUUAUUCAAUUAAAAUGGCAUCACUGAUCAUGUGGUAAGAUGAACUGUGGCUGUUCAGUUACAGCACAGCUUCAUAAUUCAGAGCUAAUUGCUUUCACCUGUUGAUUUUGUCAGUUCUCACUGAUGAAGGCAAUCAUUUGAAAACGUGUAAUUUCCUGAUGUUAUCUGCAUUGUAAUAUACGAGAUAGAUUAUAUCUAAAAUUCAACUUCUGUAUUUACUCCAUCUGUAAUAAUGUUUUAUAUGGCAUGUUUAUGUAUAUAUUUAUAUAUCAGAAAUACCCUGUAUGUAAGUUUUGGAGACUUAAAUAGUAUCUGUUCCCUUUAACACUAGGUAGAAAAUUAUCCAUCUUCACUUUAUGAGAAUAGAAGGCCUUAUCUGCAGAACAGGGCUGCUCGUCCCACCCAGUGACAGUGGUGACUUAGGCAAUAUUGUGAAAUUCAUAUUGGAUAAAUCAAUUGUUUUCAAAACUUCUAAAAUCAAUUGUGCAUCAGUUAGGUAACUUUGAACACACUCACACAUACACACAAUUAGAAGUUAAUAUCAGAUUUAAAAGGUUUAUUUUUAUCAUUUAGUUUCAAUAGGUUGCAAACUGCUUGAGACUUUAGUCACCAUCAGACUGCAUUUGGUUGGAAAAAUUGUGUUAUUUGAAGCUGUAUCAAGACAGAAAAGGAGCUUUAGAUGGCCAAGUUUUAAAUAUUUAAAUGUGAGCAAUAAACUGUUGAUCACUGUUCUGAUAAUGAAGAACUUGCAGCCGUGUGCACGUUCUGUAAUGCCAUCCCAAGUACCUAACAACUCAGAAAACAGAGUAUCAGAUUCCCAUGUGCUCGUUUCACAUCAGCAUUUGAAAUAUUACAUAGGUUUAUAGUCAUAUGUGGUCAAAUGAUCUUACAGACCUGGCAGCGAUUAACGCCCUUACAUUCGUUCCAUUCAUUUAUACUUACAUGAAUAUGAAGAUACUGUUCUGGUAUUUCUGCUCUAUGCUGGGGAACGUUCCGAUUGAUAUUGACCACUGAGUGGUAUCUUAAUAGCAGUGUGUUUUUUGACUGCGGAUGAGGAAGUAAUUUCUGUUUCUGUGAUACCAGUGUGCUUUAAAUGUUUAACAGAAAUCACUGUACUCGUGCCUACAUAUUUAACAACUCUUCUGCCACUUUGUUUUCUGUUGUUAACGUGUUAUCCAGGAACUGAACUUAAAUCUUACUGGUAUAUUGAUCAUUGAUGUCAGUAGUGACUGGAGUUCAUUGUCACUCAGCAAUGACAAUGGUACGACUCUACAGAAAAGUGUCUUCCUCCAGUGGUUGGACUGCCGUGUGAUAUAUUUGCAUAUGUUUCUUUGUACAGUGUCUGGUUUGUACGUGUGAUCAGUUUGUGGGUAGACUUGUAAGAUUGAGUUGGUUGAGUUGAAUAUUUCUAUGACUUAAUAUUUGUAAAACUAUUAAUUGAUAAAGGACCCUGAUGCAGCACGUAGGAUAUAUAAUAUCUAUUAAAAAAAAAUAAAUUGUAGUGUAGAGACAAAUUACUCACUGUAUUGCUGUACAAAUAUUUGAGUACCAAUUCUGAUUCUGUGCCAGAGGCUUUUGCCUUACCAAAUAGAAACAGAGACAAGACAUACAACAAAACAACAGUGUGUCUGUUUGGUAACUUUGAGCUUGUUAGAAUUUCUGCACCAUGUUGUUAAAUCUUUUGCUCACCUUUGUUGGACUGAGGUCUAAAGGUACAUGCUUUCAUGUGGAAUGUCAAUCUAGGCACACAUUAAGUGGUUGGCUGGUUCUAUAAAAGCAGUACACUUAAUUGGAGACCUUUCCCCCUGUGCUUAAACGCUGUGUGGGAGGUUGGAGGACUUCAAGCUCACUUUCAUCAACAUUUGCAUUUAAUUUGUGCGAAUCUUGCAGAGGUAAUUAUAGCCUACUGCUGGUCAGUUGAGAUACAGAUGUAUCAUAGCAAUUGCAUUGUGUCACAAGUCCUUACCUUAUUCUAAGGUAGUGUCUUUUGUCCACCACAGUUACUCAAAGGUUUCUGUUAUUUUUUUUUUUCGGCUGUAUGUUUAAAAAAAAAAAAAAAUUAGUGCAUCUCUGCAGCAGUGCUGUGAGGCUGUGGUGGUGGAGGGCUUUCAGACAUCACCUAGAGACAGCAAAAGCUCAUUUUCUGUUUACAGAUUCCUACAUGUUUUCUUUUUCUUCCCCAAAGUCAUUGUAACAGAUUGGUUUCCAAAAGACUUAGGCAUUCAACUGAUAGAAGGGCUGUUUGUUUUCUGCUGUAAAUUAUUGUAUAUAAAUGCUUGUUCGUAUGCAGAAUGCAGUGUAUCCAAUUCCAUAAGUUUGGCCGCAGCUGACAAUGUGUUUCCAAUAACAAAUCUGGUAAUGAUGGUUGAUGUGAUUUCCUAUUUUUGAGGCAGGAAUAGGCUUGUACACUUGCUACUGUGUCUGGGGGAAAUAGCAGGUAGCCUGGUGAACUACAGCUAACCACAAGGCACUGUGGCACUUGUGCUAAUUCUUAUGGGGGAAUUUGCCAUGUUAUUUUACAACCUGCUAGAGAAGGAAACGCCCCAAGAGGGCUGGUUUAAAAGGCUUCUUAAAUUGCAGAUCAAGGAGAUUAGUGCUGUUCCCACCAUUUAGCUUUUAGGGGUGAGGUAGUGAGACAAGUAGUCAUUUGAAUCCUUUUUAAUGCAGAUAAAUACAUCAGGAAAUUCACUUCAAAUGCGAAUUACACAUUUUAGAGAGGGAAGGUAGUAUUGUGCUAUCAAUUUCUAUCCCGAAAGAAGAACGAGGUCGUAAAAAUUAGGAGUAGAAAGAAAUCCAAGUACCUGGCGUGUACACGUGCCUGUGUGAUGUACAUGUACUGUUCUGUGCUUACAACUGCGUGCGUUGGUUUGAUGCAUUGAGACCAUACAGAAGUUACAUUUUUGGACCAUACUAAAACUGCAGAACUGGCAGACAACUGGAUAAUGAUCACAAGUGAAUUAAAUUCUGUCAUAAUGUUUAAAUAUGUAUAGAAUUGAGCUCAACUUUAAGGAAAUUACCGAGAAAGGUUAAUUUUGAAACUGACACAUUUUCAGAUUAAAAAAAUUACACUUAUUUUGUACAGAAUUAUGUAAAACACAUCUGUUGUAUGUAAUGAGUAACAGUUUUAAAAACUACAAUUCCGUAGCUUUAUCGAGGGGUUUGGUUGUGUUUUUCUUUUCCUUCCAGAACUCUGGAUUAUCAUGUUAUAACCUGAAGUAUCUCACCAGGAUAACAGUGCCCUUUCUUUUUGUACAUAAGGAUUGGAAAUUUCUUUACUGUUAUGUGGACACUUUCUAUGUUAGUUUUGAUGCAUAAUACUUUGAAUCCUUUUAUACAAACUAGAAUGUAUGUGUAAGAAUUACUGUCACUGCAAUGUAGUAACUACAAACUUAUUUUUAAAUAAAUAGAAAACAUGUUUUUCUAA